AUGCGCGAUUGCAUACAGUAUUUCUGCAAAAUUGACAAUUUGAAUCCUUUGACAAAACGAGAAAAGUACAAAGAUUUUCAACCUAUGUAUGAGCAUAGCUUUCUGUGCAGAUCAGUUUAAUCAGAUUUAACAUAAUAAUAAAUCCAAACACAAAUCAGAAUGUACUAUGCAUGAGUCAAGUCCAUCUGAACCCCACCCCCUUUCCAUCUUCCUGACUCUCAUUGAUGUCAGGGAUGCUUGAGGGAGAUGCAAACUAGGAGCUGAGUAGGAGCAGAGAUUUGGAAAUAUAUAUAUUUACACAGUCUGAAAAACAAAGAGAUAGCAUAGAAAAAACUGCAUCUGAGGACAUGUGUGAAGCAUUUUAUAAGUUCGCUAUGGGGCUACGUGAGUUUCUAAAGGACUAUUUUCUGGGUUUCUGGGACUACGAGACCCCAAAGGUGAUGGUGGUUAAAAACAGAACUUUGGGAGUCAUUUACAGAGCUGUUCAGUUUCUUGUGAUCACCUAUUUCAUCUGGUAUGUCUUUAUAAGUCAGAAAGCAUAUCAGGAGAGUGAAAACCGCCCUGAGAGUUCAGUUUACACUCUCAUGAAAGGAAUAGCAGCUCACGGAGAUGACAUCCUGGACAUGGUGGAGUAUGCUCAACCCUCAGAGGGUGGUGACGUUAUUAGUACAAUCCUGAGGAGGGAAGUCACGUAUAACCAGACACAGGGCACUUGCGCUGAGUCUUUCAACGUUGACAAUGUCAACUGUACGACUGACUCUGACUGUGUCCAAGGCGAGGUUAACUUUGACGGCCACGGAAGAAGAACUGGCCGAUGUGUUCCGUACUACAACCACACCUUUAAAACCUGUGAGAUCCAAACGUGGUGUCCUAUCGAGGAGUAUGCAGCAGUACGAGAAACAGCUUUGGUGGAGGCCAUUAACUUCACAGUGUUCAUCAGGAACUCCAUCCACUUUCCCAAGUUUAAAGUACUGAGGGGGAAUAUCAAGGAUGCUUCUAAUAAACGUAACCUGCAUAAAUACCUCAAUAAGUGUCAUUACCACGAGGAGAAGGAGCCCUACUGCCCCAACUUCCGUUUGGGCUUCAUUGCAGAUCAAGCGAGGGAGAACUUCAGUGAGCUCUGCAAAACUGGGGGAGUGAUUGGGGUUUUCAUCAACUGGAACUGCAACCUGGACCUGGACCCUUCAAACUGCAAACCUACGUACGCCUUCCGUCGGCUUGACCUCCGAAAGGAUCAGGCCAACUCUGGCUACUAUUACAGGUUUGCCAAAUAUUACAGUAAGGAUGGAGUCGAGUCUCGGACCCUCAUCAAGGCCUAUGGCAUGCGUCUGGAUGUCAUAGUUCAUGGACAUGCUGGAAAAUUUAGUCCCAUCCCAACCAUCAUCAGCACAGUCACCGCCAUGACCUCAGUUGGGAUUUGUACCAUUAUCUGUGACUGGAUCAUGCUGACGUUUAUUGACAAGAAUGAAGUUUACAGUGAGAGAAAGUUUGAUGAAAUUGCCAAAGAACCUCCAGUGCCCAAGUCCACAGAGCUGAGCUACAUGAGCAGCUUCGGCUCAAACCACUCAGACCUGUCGGACGGCGUCCCACUGUGAUGCUGCCUCGGUAAUCGGUGAGAGUAUGAAGACUCUAAUCCAUCCGAUGACCGUGGCACAUCUGAGGCACUUCUCAGGUGCAACAGCUCAGUGACAGACCAGCGCCUGUGCUGUGCUGCUGCUGGAUGGAAGGAAACGGACAGGGACAGGCAGCAAGAAAGAUGGAUCACUCUUCUUAAAUUCUAGCUAAUCCAAACUAAUUUGUUUAUAGCAAAACAUACUCGUCAGCAUCAUGACAAACGUAUUUACAAACCAUUGAAAGUGUCCCCGUGUGCUGUAUCCAUUUAACCUAAAUGCCAGACGCAUUAUGCUGCUGGUGCCUUUGUAAAAUCUGCAUUAUUACAACCCUGCACCGUGUUUAAAGAUGCUGUGACUCAUCUUGUUUAUCUCAACCUGAGACGAUGCAGGAGGAAACCACAAGGAGACAAAUGAGCAGAGCGUUGGAUUAGUAAUCAAAUAACGCACACAUUUCCCAUAAAAUGGUUCCUCUAACAAGGUUGUGGGGGAAGUGUGAAUCCAUCUGGACGCCUGAGAGCACUACAAACGUCAGCGGUUAAGAAAGAUUUGAGACUCCAGCGUAAUGGGCCGAUACCUGAGAUGAUGGAUGCACAAUGGACCGUUCCAGUUAAGAAACAGUGUUGACACUGAGAGACGAAAUAACAUAUUAGUCAAGACAGUGGUUGUUUUAGUAUUUUGCUAGAUUUGCUGUUUGAUUAGAAGAUUAGAAGCUAAAGAACUGUAGUGCUGUAGCCUCACAGCUUUCUUUCCUCCUUUUGUCAGUCGACAAAAGGAGCCUGUGUCAGUGAGAAGCUCUAGAGAGCCAACCUAAUUGUGCCUGAGCCAGUCUGAAAUGUGAUUAUUCGUCUGGGAGAUGAGCAGGCAAAGUGAGUCAUGAGAUGGGCAACGAGGUUAAAAUGAUGGAGGUGCAGCACAAGUUAGGGUUAUUGGAAGCCGCGCUUCCCUGAGCACCCUGUAAGACCACUAAAAUACUCCGCUAGCUAAAAUAUUCAAACUCUCAGAUGUAAACAGGAGGCUAUUACAGUACAUUUUUAUGCAAACAGCAAAUGAAAGGGUGAAUGAAGAAAACAAGCCCCCCAAAAAACAGACAGUAAGCACAAUAUGUACACAGAUGGUAACUUUAAUUGUUAUAAAAGAAAGGAUCCAGACCAAGCUCAGUUACAUUUAAAAAAAUAUUUAUUAACAGUAAAAAGUAGACAUUCAUAAACUUACAAAAUUUAAUAUGGCACAAUCACAAAUCCCAACACCCAGUAGGUCAUUAACAGAAAUAAUGCUGGAUGAGUGUUGGACCUCUGUGGCGGUGGUGACUUCUAGCGAGAACUCCGGCUGAUCUGUGGACUCAUGACGAGCAGCCACUCAAUGGUCUGCUCCAGGAACCUCAUGUUGUAGUGGGAUGCUAUGUUCCGAAACACUGCAAUCUGCUCAGAGAAGGUCUUCACACAGGAAAACACAGGACAUAUAUAUGAGAGGAGAACAGAUUCAAACAAAGACAUGUCACAUAAUCAAUAGAAACCUUGGCUGAGAAAGUGAGGUCAAAGUCUCCGGCACAUCCACAGUAGAGGGGCAUGUUCGCUUCCUUCACCCCUUUACAUUUGGCACAGACCUACAAGCAAGGGAGACAUUAUGUUGAGAUGAACACGGGUACAGUAAUUGUGGCAAUUAACUAUAUCAUAGCAACCAGUUACUGUAGUUAAUUUCCUCCUAGGUGAUACUGAUAAUAAACUAAAUAUUGCUCAGAAGAA